AUGCAGCUCAUCUCGGUCCUCACUGCCUUGGCCGCCUUCAAGGUCGCCUCCGCGCUUCCCUCCGCCGUCAAGGCUGCUAACGACCUCCUUGCCCGCGAUGGUCUACUCGGUUCCAAGCUUUGCACCGACAUCAACUUCGCUGGAAACUGCGAGACCAUUACCAACGUGGCCGAUGGCCUGAAGGCCGACCAGUGCAUUGCCGUCGAUCCUUACCUCCGAACCAACGGGGUCUCCUCGAUUCAACCUCUCGAGAAGUCGUGGUGCACUUACUACCUGACCGACAACUGUACGGAUCUUACCUCCGACCUCUGCGGACACUACGACGCCACUUCCCCUAUCGACAACUUGACGACGGUGAGCCCGACCAAUUCGAAUCACAAAUGCGGGGGUAACAUGGACAAGAAGAUUGCUAGCUUCAAGUGCCGUCCUUUCUGAUAUGCUCCAGGUGCACAUGGGAGGUCAUGGAAAGAGUGAGUGAGGUCUAAUAAAGGCCCAAUGUUCAUGAAGGGGAAGGGAUAGGUAUUUGCUUGUUUCAUGUUUCGGGCUUUGCGCGGGUUAACAAUGGACGAUGUCCCGGACUUCCCGUUCGCGGUUCGUCGUCGCCAUUGUUUAGUGGAACCCGGCCAUUCUGUUUGAGAGGGGGAUUUCUUUCAUGCUUUUUGCGAUAUUAUUAUCACUCGCUAGACGAGGAUUCAAUUCAAG